GCAAAGUUGCAUCAAACAUCAAAGCAAACGGAGUGUUGUUGGCUGCUGUUAUUCUUGCUAGUUUUAAAAAGCGGACGUUUUUUUAUUGCAGUUUGUUCAGUGGUUCGAAUAAAAUCAAAUUACAUUUGAAAUUGGGUAACGUUCACUUUGUCUACUAUGGACCGUUUGACGAAGCUUCGUCACCGCUCAUCCGUCGGAACCGGGUCCAUAAACGCUAGCUCGACUUCGAUGGGUGUUGGCUACGAGACUGCAAAUGAUGAUAGUUUAACCUCCGGCUGUUCGAUGUACUUCUCGAUGACUGAGGACGAUCCGGAAAAUGCGGAGCAGCAGGCUGCGGAAAAGACGCUAGCCAGCGUUUCAACAGUUGCGCAACUUAAUGGUAUCAAUGGACAACGAGCCAAAGGCGAUGGAUCAGAUAGUUCGAUUGAUAAAACUUUAGAGAAUGAUUUUUCCGUUGAUGAGGUCAGUACUAUUCGGAAGCCGGUUCUGGCGCAUGCUUCGCCAGCCACCGUCAAGCUGGCGAAUAAAAUGAGCGUAAAAUAUUUGGGGGUGUCUUCAACACCUGCCAAGGUGCUGAAGAGCAAUGGAAAAAAGAUUGCUUCAACGCCCGACAGUGAGAAAGAUAAUAUCAGUGGAUUAGCCAAGCUUGAUGAGACGGACGAAAUUAAACAUGGAACUUCGAUGUUAGGAAAGAUGAGGGAACCGAAAGUAUCUGAUUGUUCUUCCGUUGAGGAAGCAGAAGAAUCUAAAGUCACACUGGAAGGAAGCGUAGUGGUAGGCCCAACGACUGCGGUCGGUGUUGAAGGUAACAAAUCGUUUGGGACGAAUGUUCUCGCUAGUUUCUUCGCUUCUUUGGAUGUCAACAAAUGUACACCAGUUCCUGAGAUUAAAGUAAACCAAGCGGAUGUCAACCCGGAUGAUGCCGGUAAUACACCGGCCAAAGGACGGGAUUCCAAUUCUUUGAAGGCUUUCUUCGAGUCGCUUAAGAAAAAUCCCAGCAACGAGCAAGAAAAGGAGAAUCAACCCCAACCGGACCGACGUAAAAGUGUUAGGAAAUCGCUUAUUCCAAAAGCUGCUGAAGAUCGGCCAAGGGUUAGAGGUUCCCUCGUUGGUUCGAUUAGUGAAAAUCGAGUUGCUUCCCCAAUUGCGAAGCCCGCUCGAAAAUCUGCGCUAACUAAGCUGAUACCGGACAAGUUGAAGGAAAUGCGUAAAGCUACUCAAUCGGACUUGGUACAUUUCAAGCGAAAAUCGGUUAUUCCUCCACCCAAAGUGGUAGCGUCAAAAACGGAAGCUGUUCCGAAGCCAACAUUGCAAGCACCCCGAGAGGAAACCGUAGGAGACUCGAUUAAAACUGGUAGUACUAAUCGGAAGUCAAUUUUCUCUGCCGCCCCGAAACGUUCUCCAACAAAGCGAAAAUCAGUUGUCCCUACAUCCGUCGCAUCUAGAAGAUCGGUGUUGCCGGCCAAAAAUUCUCGUCGUUCGGUGGUACCAACGUUUGCAAGUGCUGUUUCAGUUCAACAAACGAAAGUUGUGCCACUUCGUGUGCCGCCUAAGACAACCGUCACUAGUAGUGAUACAUCACUAAAAAGUGUCCUAGGCAAGAGACCCAGCACACUCGCCACUGUCGACGGCGCAGAACCACUGUUAAAGCAGCGAAAAUCGCUCGCUCCGGUCAAGGAAACCGUCAGUCCAAGGCGUGUAUCCCCAAGGAUAGCUAGCGCAGCCAGCCAACACACUUCUCGUAUCCGUCCUCCUUCAACUAUUUCUGCGACAACCGACGGUACUGGCUUCAAAAAACCAGAAACCUUUUCCUGUGAAAACUGCCAGCGCGUGUUUCGGUUCAAAUCAUCACUCGAGAGUCAUCGUAAGAUCGUCCAUCAGAACGGUCUUCUCUCCCCUACACUAAAAGCUCCUAGCGCAAGCAAAAACAACAAAAGCAGCGAAACAGUCUCCACCGAUACGGCGUGCCGUUUCUGCACGAAAACAUUCGCGAAUGAAAAAUUUCUCGCGAAUCAUGUUAUUUCGAAUUGUGUUAAAAUUCCACUGCUGGAGAAAAGAAAACUGCUGGCCCAGCAAGAGCAACAACGGGCGGCUGCAAUUGCGCGCUCAUCACCACGCUCUCGUCCGGUGACUGCUCCACGUGCCAAGUUGAACUCGACCGGAAGUAACAAAAGUAACCGAUCGGCAGAAGCAGUAGCACCCUCGGAUACGUCCACUUCCAGUAGCAUCGGUGACACCAGCUCGGCAUCGGCUUCUUCCCUCACCGGUGCUGGAGGAGGUGGAAGUAAAAAACGUCCCCAAUCGGCGACAGUCACCAAGCGAACAAUCGGCCAUACCGGUAUUAUUCGGACGCCAAAGAGGGAGAUGAAGUGCCAUCAUUGCGGGCGAGGUUUUCUGAAUGCGGUUGAAUAUGCACUGCAUGUGCAGGCGCACUCUAAGGCCGGAAUGGAACCGUCGCUGGAUACAGGAGAGGAACCGUCUAAAGAGAUACAGGAAGCACUGCAGCCGUUGCAAACAGCCGGUGCACCAAUGGACAUUGUGCAAAAGAUAGCGAGUAUCCGCAACCGGAUUAAAAGCAGCAGCAACAAGUGAAAAUUGAAAGAUAUUUAUUUUUUUCUCGAGAUUUCUUGAUUUAAUUUGACUCCUGGUUUGAGCGUAUCUAUUGUAAAAGGCUAUGUUUUGUAGACGUGAUACUUUUCUAAUCGUUCGAUAUUCCUUAUUUCCUAUGUAAAAUUGAAAACCAGACAAAUUUACUAAAUAAACGGAGUUUUUUUUUAUUUCGCUUGAA